AUGCAUACAACAUAUAUUCAGCAUUAUGAUAUCAUCUAUAAUACUGAAGAGUCAAUCAUCGGAGCCUUGCAGAAAUAUGGACCUGUAGUUAGCUUUGAAAGGAAUGGCAGUAGGGAGUACAUUGUGGAUAACGAGUACACUCGCAAGGUUUUAACUGAGGAUUCACUGUUUAGUUUCGAGAACGGAAUGGCUUCAUUGCUUGGAAUAAAUUGGCUCCUUGGUCUUCAUGGUGGCACUUUUUUCCGUGACAUCGACGACAUCAUGAAGAAUUUUUUAGCAAGGCGACUGGUUAAUAUAGAGUCCAAAGUUUGGCCAAUUUUCGAGCGUGGCGCGCUGGCUUUGUCAAAAGCAUCCUCACCCCGAAACCCAAUUGACAUGCUACCAUAUGCGCAGUCGACUAUGGCAGAGGUGACGACGGCGGUCUUUUUUGGUGAGAAAUACAUGGAGCCUAUUAUCAUUAAGGCAGUCGUAGCUCUCGCGAGUGAUACUGCAGAGAUGACUGGCCUCUUCCAAAACCGCUCCUGGUUAGCGCACGAAGUACCAAUAGUAUGGCGGUUAUGGACUUGGAUUAGUGUGGUUCUAUUCAAGAUUCCUCUACACUUCGGUCCAAAGUUUGCAUGGAGACUUUGGUCGGAUAUCAAAUGUCGAACGGCCGACGACUCUGAUAAAGACGACGAAACCGUGAUUUCAUAUUUGGUUAACCGAUAUAAAAGCUCCAAUGGGAUCGUCUCUCUUGGCUCAAAACUAUGGAUCUUCGUCUUGGUUCUGGCCUCAAUUCUCGGCAGUGUUCAUCAAACAUCCACCAUAAUGGUUUGGGCGACUUUUUUCCUAGCCGUUCAUCCGGAAUCUCAAGUAGAAAUUCGAGAGGAAUUAAUCAAAAUUACGGAGCAGCAUCACGGUAGCCUAAGAGGCCCAUUACCCGACAUAAAAAAAGCGUUGCACACUGAUUCUUUCAUUCGGGAAGUCCUACGAAUGAAAGGCGAUACUGUGAAUGUGGUAAGGGCCAGCGUACGGGAUGUUGAUUUGGGUGGAUACCUCAUUCCUAAAGGUGCUUCACCGACUCCGUUUCGUCGUCUAGGGUAUAUUGUAUUGUUCUCGGCAGGACUGACAGUUGUCACUCUAGGUUCUCUUGUAUUCCCGGUCACUCGGCUAUCCUACCGAUCUCCACGGUAUACGGAAAAUCCGAACAAGUUCGAUGCCAAUCGAUGGGUGGGGAGUGGGAAAACAGCAGCAACAACAGGUUUGGGAUAUCUUGCAUUCGGAUACGGUAAAUGGGCUUGUCCUGGUAGAUUUCUCGCCGUUCUCGAGGUCAAGUAUUGGGUCCUAGCUUUAGUCAAAUGCUCAAAAUUUACACUAAAAGGCGGCAGGUAUCGAGUUUUGGAUGGAUGGAAUGUUACGGCUGUUGCCCCCGAAGGAAGACUCUUGAUUGAGCCGUAUAACGACCCGUCGUUAGUGUAG